UCAAAUUAAUUUCUCUAAUAUUUUAUAGCAAUAAUGGGUGACAUGGGGCCAGGAGAAUAUUUUAUUUGUGGUGGUUUUGGUGGAAUAUGUACAGUAUUGGUUGGACAUCCCUUGGAUACAAUAAAAGUCAGGUUGCAAACUAUGCCGGUAGUCAAAGCUGGUGAAACACCUUUGUACACAGGAACCAUAGACUGCUUCAAAAAGACUGUGCGAAAUGAGGGUUUCAGGGGACUGUACAAGGGUAUGGGAGCUCCCUUGGUAGGGGUGGCCCCCAUAUUCGCCAUUUCCUUCAUGGGCUUUGGCGUAGGAAAACAAAUUUUCGGCCCUGCCAAUGGAAAAUUGACCCACCUGGAAUACUUCGCGGCCGGGGCAUUUUCCGGCAUUUUCACCACUCUCAUAAUGGCGCCCGGGGAAAGGAUCAAGUGCCUGUUGCAGAUCCAGCAAGGAGCUAAUAUGCCCAAAGUCUAUGAUGGGCCAGUAGAUUGUGUAAAGAAACUGUACAAGCAGGGUGGCAUAGCAAGCAUAUACAGAGGAGCUGGAGCAACUUUGCUUAGAGAUGUUCCAGCUAGUGGAAUGUAUUUUUUAACAUAUGAAGUGAUAAAAGACGUCAUAACGAAAGGCGGUGCUGAAUCGCCCAGUAUUUUAGGAACCAUCCUUGCCGGUGGAUCAGCAGGUAUAGCCAACUGGGCGAUUGGUAUGCCUCCCGAUGUAUUGAAAAGUCGACUCCAAACAGCUCCCGAAGGCACUUAUAAGAACGGUAUACGCGACGUUUUCCGAGACUUGAUGAGAAACGAAGGUCCACUCGCCCUCUACAAGGGCAUCACGCCUGUCUUACUUCGGGCUUUCCCUGCGAAUGCAGCCUGUUUCGUGGGAUUCGAGCUGUGCAAACAAUUCUUAGAUUUUUUGUUUGCGAAAUAG